AUGCAAGGCACGGAAGAUCUGCAUUCGGUGAGUAGUCCAAGGAGAGUCCUUAGUUUUUCAAAAAGGAGGAGGGCAACUGUAUCCUUUCCUGAUCCUGAUGACAAAUCUGCAUCUGGGUUUGGUGUGUCUGGAGAUCAUGGCCCCAAAUCCUCUGAAGUUUAUGGCUUUGUAGGCUCCAUUACAACCGUUGUUGCUACAGUAAUUUUCUUGGUAUGGGCAUAUGUUCCUGAACAUUGGUUGCACACAAUCGGAAUCUCUUACUAUCCCAACAAGUACUGGGCAUUGGCCGUGCCAACUUAUGCCUUGGUCACAAUCGUAUUAGCUCUGGUAUUUUACGUUGGCCUCAACUUCAUGUCAACCCCUCCCCCGACUUCCUUGAAUACAAUUUUUGAUGAAUUCAGUAGGGAUCCUUCAACCUUCAUUCCUUCAAGGGAGGGAGAUGAGCAGCCCAUUGAACCCAUAUCUGAUAUUGGCAUCAAUAAAAUCAAUGAUCUUAUGUUUACUGAUCAUGUGGUUCCUAUAGAUCGCAAAGAAUGUAACAGUGCAGCAGUCAUUGUUGAGGCAGUUUGA